CCAGUUAGAGACUGGGGGGGGGCAGUGGGGGGCCCCAGGAGGCAAGAUCGUAACAGACUGGGAGGAGCUCCACCCAGCAGCACCCAGGAUAAAGGAAGAGGUUUUAUCAGAAUGUCAGCAUCACACAGGGUGAAGGUGGCUUUGAGAUAAACCUGGACCACAGGAAGCUGAAAACUCCCCAAGCCAAGCUCUUUACCGUCCCCAGCGAGGCCCUGGCCAUCGCAGUGGCCACUGAAUGGGACUCCCAGCAGGACACCAUCAAGUUCUACACCAUGCACCUGACCACAUUGUGCAACACGUCUCUAGACAACCCUACCCAGCGAAACAAGGACCAGCUGAUCCAGGCGGCUGUGAAGUUUCUGGACACCGACACCAUCUGCUACAGGGUGGAUGAGCCAGCGACAUUAGUGGAACUUCAAAGGAACGAGUGGGACCCGAUCAUCGAAUGGGCCGAAGAAAGAUACGAUGUGGAGAUCGGCUCCUCCACCAGCAUAAUGGGGCCCAGCAUCCCAGCCAGGACUCGGGAAGUGCUCACCAGCCACCUGGCCUCUUACAACAUGUGGGCCCUACAAGGGAUUGAGUUUGUGGUGACCCAGCUCAAGUCCAUGGUGUUGACCUUGGGCCUGAUUGACCGGCGCCUGACAGUGGAGCAGGCCGUGCUGCUGUCACGCCUGGAGGAGGAGUACCAGGAGGAAACUGAGGCAUGGGUCCCACCCCCGGAAAAUGCUGGAGCCAGGGUUUGGAGCCAGGUCUGGGUGACUCCAGGCCUUCCCCACUAUCUACAGAUAGAGGUUCACAGGCAGAUCAAGGUCGUCUGCCCGGGCCCCGAAGAACGGGCCCCGCUAACAGGACUAGGUAGGAGCCACGUUCGUGCUCACACAGAGGCUAAGCUGAGCCUUGGCGCCCUGACUCACACGGUGGGUCAUCUGGCUGGCAGAGCAAACACGGGUGGCUGCUGUUUGUGCAUAAGUUUUCAUUUAGUGGGUUUGAAAUUAAUAUGGUUUCGCUACACUGUCAUUUGCAUUUUUUAACUCUGAGAAUUAUGGCGUUCUCUGCAGUCUUUUUACUGCUUUCUUUCCAACCUCAGAAGGUUAAUUGCUAUUACAAAUCGGCUCCUAGCAUGAUGAAAACCCUUUUGUAAUGACAUUAUUUCCCAAGUCCGUCUAGUCAUCUGCUCAGAAAAAUGCCAGGGGUAAAAACUGUUUCUCUGUCGCAAAAGAGGCCAGCUAGGAACAAUUAAACAGGCAGGGAGUGAUGUGUGGGGGUGUGAGGGCUUUGAGAGGUCGGGUGGGGGGGGGCCAGGAAACCUGCCCUCUAUUCUGGGCUCUGCAUUUGAUGGUGGCACCCGAGCCAGGCCAUCAGUCUCUGAACUAGGUUCGAUCUGCCACAAAACAGGGGGUUACCUGGGUUACGUGUGGAGGCCUCUCCAAAGCUGUAAAGUGCUCUUCAGACGACAGGUCACAGUUGUCCACAUUGACCGGGCUGCCCAAAGAUCCCAGUAGCUCGUGUGGCGUGGCAGAUCCCAAGUUCCUGGAUGGGCUGGGGCAGCUGGGCCUGUGGCCAGGGAGGAGCCAGCAGGGCCUGGCUGGAGUCCCGCUGACAUCUGGAUGGCCACACUGCGUGUCUGGGCUUCUCCCCUGCAGUUGUUAGAGCCCUGGAGACAAUCCACAAGUCGGCUCCAGCGUGCAGAGCACAGGUUUCUGCAGCACCCCCGGGGAGUCGGAACUGAAGCGACCAUGUGGUCUUGGUUGAUUUAUUUAUCCCACCCACACUGGGGGGAGGGGG